AUGGGGCGCUGCAAAAGCAACGAUUUUCGGAAACAUGAUCCCAAGGACUGCAUCGUGUUCACCGUCAUCAGCGAGCCGGCUGAGGACCCCCUGGGGUUGGCUGAUUGCGAGGAUAUUGGAUACGCAUACCUGUAUCUCGGCGACGUGUUGUCUAUAAGCGGCGGUGACACGUACGUGGAGGUGGUGGCGGUGCACUCCGCGCGGCGCGGGGACGUGGUGUGCGGCGUGCUCUGUGUUCAGGUGGACGGGUUGGAGGUGGUACGCAAAGCCAGGCUGCUUGACCUGACAGAAUAUUAA